AUGGCUUCAAACAACGUUGCAAUCAUCGGUGCUGGACUCUCGGGCCUCGCACUGGCACUUGCUCUGCACAAGCAAUCUAUCCCAUGCACUAUCUACGAAGCCCGCUCAGCCUCCCUCGAUAUCGGCGGCGCCAUAAUGCUGUCCCCCAACGCCUUGCGUAUCCUCGACGCACUCGACGUCUACGAAAAGAUCAAGCCGCGUGGUUUUGAGUUCACCAAUCUAUACUUCUACACCGACAAGCCACUCGAUUCAUACGAGUUCGGAGACCGGGAGAAAUAUCAGUACGACGCACUGCGAAUCUACCGGUACGAGCUGAUUGAUGUGCUUCUUACCGCGAUCAAAGAGAAGGGCAUUCCCAUCGAGUACGGCAAGAAAUUCACUCGCGUCCUGACCGAGUCUGAGACGGAAGUCACUUGGGAAUUUGAAGACGGCCAGAUUGGUCGAGCAACCUGCCUGGUCGGAGCGGACGGGAUCCAUUCGCGAGUUCGGAAGUAUCUCUAUCCAGACCUGGAGCCGCAAUUCACCAAUGCAGUGGGUGUUACUGCUGCCGUUCCGACAAGUCAACUCACGGGUACGGAUACAUAUGAAAUGCCCGUGACAAUCAUGCACCCCAAACAUGGCGCCUUUGUGAUCGCAAAGCAGCUCCCCGAUGGCUCUGAAGUCCUUAUCGGAAAACAGAAACGCGCUGCUCAACUCGACCGCGAAGGAUGGAAUAAACUACUGAACGACAAGCAAUGGUGUGUGGACUUCCUGCGCGAAGGAGCAGAAUCUUUCCCCGAAAUCGUGCAAUCGUCCGUUUCCAACAUUCCGUUGAACAAGAUCAAUCUUUGGCCGUUUUAUGUGGUCCCUAAGCUUGACACUUGGGCGUCAAAGCACUCGCGAGUGGUAAUUCUUGGUGAUGCAGCUCAUGCAAUUCCCCCAACAGCUGGGCAGGGUAUCAACCAGGCCUUUGAGGAUGUCUAUAUCUACUCUUUGAUCCUUUCCAAGUGCCAACAGCACAACUUGGAGCAGGGGCUGAAGGUUUGGCAGAAGGGCCGCCAGGAAAGAGUUGACCGGGUUCUCGACCUCAAUGCACAGAUUGAUGCGCGAAGAAUGCCGAAAAAUCCCCAGUCUGCCCCUUCGGACUUGGAUACGAAACCGUUUGACCUGGCGUGGCUGUACAGUCCUAACUUUGAUGAGAUGGCAGAGAGCUGGCUGGAAGCAGUUGGUAUUGUUUAA